AGUGCGGCUGCUGAAGGAUGAAAAGGAGACGGUGGAAGGUGAGGUAACGGCGAGCUGAGGAUUGACUGGAGCGUGACCGUGCCCGUGCGGAUUUCGUAAACGUUUGAGGCAGGUGUGUAGCUGUGGAUCAGAAGCUCGCAUUCCCCUAUUCGGACCCUCCCGGUGGAUGGGCUGCGGGCCUUGAGCGGGGCUGGGCCCAGGCUGAGCGUCGCCAUCUUUGUCGGGGGCGCUGUUCGACCGAGCGUGUGCUGGGCAGCCAUCUUUGUAGGGGGCAAAGGGCACUGGGGGCUGGUGGAUUCCCAAAGAGCAAACUCAGAAAGUGAGGGCAAAGAGGGGUUCGAGGUGGACUGUCUUUGGGACCAGUUUGCGGAUGUUUGCGAACAAGUGAACAAAAAAGAAAACUUGCUGCUGCUGCUGCUAAACUUUAAAUGCUCAAGUGUUGUUAUUCCUGGACAGGCGACUUUUGUAAAAACCCUUUUUGUUGGUUUUUGAAAAGGAACAACUUUUAUACACGGAAAAUUCAAAUCGAACUUCACAUCCAGACCUGACCGAGCCGGUCCAUUCAUCUGGACCCAAUAAUCUUACAACUUUCUGGAAGUAGAAAUAUCCUUCUGGUUCUUCUUCGAGAAAUCCAGCGCAUCAGGCGAACCGUCGAUACGCUCACACCCAACACUGACUGUGAUAAGAGCUUUCAACAGUUGCAUGGCCUAAGAAAAUCAUCACAGCACUUGCACUGCGGAAGAAGCGCUGCAUUGCAGACGAGUGUUCAAUUCGAUUAUCUAACAUGGAAAGACAAAAGGACACAGGCGCUACAGAGAAACCGUGGAAAUGCGGGGACUGUGGGAAGGGAUUCAGUUACCCGUCCAAGCUGGAAGCUCAUCGACGUAGUCACACCGGGGAGAGGCCAUUCACCUGCUCCGACUGCGGGAAGGGGUUCACUCAGCUCUCCACUCUGCUGUCACAUCAGCGAGUUCACACUGGGGCUCGACCGUUCACCUGCUCUGUGUGUGGGAAGGGUUUCGCCAAGUCCUCCACCCUCACUGAGCACCAGCGAGUUCACACCGGGGAGAGGCCGUUCAGUUGCUCUCACUGCGGGAAGAGAUUCGGACGAUCGUCCAACCUCACUGAGCAUCUCCGCAUUCACACAGGGGACAGGCCGUUCACCUGCCCUGUGUGCGGUAAAGGAUUCACUUGUUUAACCAACCUGACGUCACACCAACUUAUUCACACCAAUAAGCGACCCUUUCAAUGUUCUGACUGUGACUCCAGCUUUAAAAGCACCAGGGACCUGCUGACUCACCAACGCAGUCACACUGGGGAGAAGCCCUUCAUCUGCUCCGAGUGUGGGAAGGGAUUCACUCAUACGUCCAACCUGCUGGCUCACCAGCGACGCCACACUGGAGAGAGGCCGUUCAGUUGCUCCAAGUGCGAAAAACGGUUUCGUCGCUCGUCUGACGUGCUGAGUCACCAGCGAGCUCACAUGGGCAGGAUGCGUUCAGCUUCUCUGUUUGUGGGAGGGGAGUCAUUGAGUCAGCCCACCUCCUGACCUACCCAUGAGUUCCGAAGCUAUUAUCCUGCUCCGUGCGUGGGAAAGGAUCCACUGAUUCAUCCAACCCACCAGAGUAUUCACACCGGAGGCACAAUGCUCCUGCUCUGAAUGUGGGAGAGAAUUUAUUUAAUUGAUGUACCAGUGAGUUCACACUGAAGGGAGACGCUUCACUUGCUCAUUGUUUUGGAUGGGAUUCACUCAGUCAUCACACCUGAGAUACUAGCACGUUCACGAUAAAAAAGACAAACAGCGACUUGCACUUUGCUCUUGGUCACAUCCAGGACUGAAUUAUCUUAGAAUCCCAACAGUGUGGAAGUAGGCCAUUUGGCCCAUCGAGUCCACACUGACCGUCCAAAGAGCAUCCCACCA